CGCCCACAUUGAGAAUUAUGGGAAGUAAACAUGGAGACAAAACAAUGAAGUGUUGACUGUUGAAGAAAAGCACGCAUUUUACUAGAUUUUAGUAAUUUAUCAUUCUACAUUGCGUAUUUUAUUUGACCAAUAAAUAAUAUUUAAGAAAUACUAAUCAUUUUGCUGAAGUCAAUGUUACAUAAGCAAAAUUAGCAGAAAUGAGUGCGUUAGAAUUAAGAAAUCAAGGGAAUAAAUUGUUUCAAGCACGAAAAUACGACGAUGCAAUCGCAUGUUACACGAAAGCUAUCAUAAAAAACCCCAAUACAGCUUUAUUCUUCACAAACAGAGCCUUAUGUCAUUUGAAGCUCAGGCAGUGGGAGAAAGCAAUUCUAGAUUGCCAGAGAGCUCUUGAAAUUGACAGAUCAUGGGUAAAGGGGCAUUUCUUUCUAGGCCAAGCCUACCUGGAGCAAAAUUUGUAUGAUGAAGCAAUAGCAGCUUUAAAGAGAGCUCAUGAUUUAUCGAAAGAUCAAAAGCUGAACUUUGGAGAUGAUAUUACAAGUGCUCUUCGAGUUGCCAAAAAGAGACGUUGGAAUACAAUAGAGGAGAAACGUAUUCAACAAGAGGUUGAACUUCAGUCAUAUUUAAAUAGACUCAUCAAUGAAGACAAGGAAAGGCAAAUUAUUGGUCUUAAAAAGCAAGAUGAAAUGGUUAGCUGUGAAGACUUUGAUAAUAUCAUAGAAACAACAAAUAAAAGAUUAGCUGAAGUGAACCAGCUGUUUGUUCAGUUGGAUGAAAGAAGGAAGAAAAGGGAUGUUCCAGAUUAUCUUUGUGGGAAAAUUAGUUUUGAGAUCAUGCGAGAACCAGUAAUAACACCCAGUGGAAUAACCUAUGACAAGAAGGAUAUUAUUGAACACUUACAGCGAGUUGGUCACUUUGAUCCAGUCACACGCACAGAUCUAACACAAGAACAGCUGAUUCCAAACUUUUCUUUAAAAGAGGUUAUUGAUACAUACCUUGAAGAGAAUCCUUGGGCUGAAGAAUUCUAAAUCAGUGUUUGAUACUGAAUGGAUGGAAAUUAGUUGCUAUUACCACUGAUUGAUAAGUAGUGCGUGAUAUUUUCAAGUGUUGACAGUUACCAAUUUUAAAAGUCAUUUGUGUUUCAUUUUCAUUCCUAAAUAAUCUGGUAAUAGCAAGUUUAAAGGUGUUUAGUAUAAUUAUUCUAUCACUUCAUGUUUAAUAAAAAGCAAGUUUUAUUAAUGAUGAAUGACAUUGCUAUUAAGGUUCAGGAUGUGUCUGUAUAUGUGGAAAGGGGGGGGGGUCAAUGCCUUAGGUGAUAAUUUAGCAAUAAGGUAAAAAGUGUGAUGUUGCAAACAUUUUGUAUUUCUUAAAAAUAAAUGGAUGAAUAAUGGAGGAGUGGGGGUGGAAAAUUUAUUUUAAAUGAGUGUUGGAAAGGGAGAGAAAGCAGCUAAAAUAACAUGGUAUAAUUUAGGAUGACUCCUAUUGUUUUAUUUCAUUUGUCUGGAAUAUUAGACUUCUUAAAUGAUUAAAUUAGCACUAGCUAGUUUUCAUUGUUCGGUAUAAUAAAUGAUUUAUCUCAGUUUCAAAUCAUGCCUUAUUGAAAAUGUUUCUUUUAGUUUUAAUAAGCUUUUAAAUAAACAAAAUUAAAAUUGUUGAGUAACUAGUAAAAUGCUGAACUGCCUCUGAUUUUAUUACUAUAAGUUUUUACAUUUCCUUCAUUUGACAUCAUCUUCAACAUCAUUUAUUUUUAUUUUUUUACAUUUUUUUUUCUGGAUUAACAAAGGUGCAUUUAACUGUUACGUACACAAACCCAUAUUUGAGUUUUCCACUAUUUUCACUAACAUUUGGUGUAGAGUUAUUUAAGUGAAUAGUUUUACACUUUGGGGACCUGUUGUAUAACAAGUGUAUUCAUUUCUGCUAAAAUACAUGGUUUGAACAUUAUUUAUUCUAGUCAGGGAUGAUCUUUUCACCCAUCUUUAAAGGUGGAAUAUUUAGCUUUUAUAUUUGACUUAUCUUGUUGAUCUGAAAACAUUUGUGAAGUGUUUUGUCCAAAAAACGUUCUUAUUUUACAAAAUUAAUAAUUACUUUUUCAAUAAAACAUCGUUUCUAAAUAAAAUUGUUGGUAAAAUGAGUGUACCCAUGAUUUAUUUUUAUCAUAACGAUGUACAUUUAUCACUCUGGUUAUCUUAUUUAUAUUUGUAAAUAUAUGUAUAUACCAGGGUGAGUGAUUUUAUAUAUACAUAUAUAUAUAUAUGUAUGUAUGUGCACAUGUAUUUGUAUAUUCAUAUAUAUAUAGUGUUCAUUCAUUCUGUUUUUUCUCUUAACUGUUUAUUUUUCUCUUGCUUUACAAAAUAAAUUUGAAUGAGGUUUAAACUAAAGUUUGUGUAUAAAGUUUAUUAUAAUUUUAUUUUGCAUUUUUGUUAUGGUUAGUGGUCAUCCUUUAUGACAACUACGUAAGAAGCAAUGGGUUAAUGUUAAUGUUCUCAUGAUGAUUUUAAUGACUGUUUGAGUAAGAAAAAAUCCCAAUUUUUUUGGUAGCUGUCAUAAAUGGAUGACCUAUUGAUGGAAUUGUUUUAUUAAGUAUUCUAGAUAAAUGGCACUGUUUUCUGCAAUUUUUUUUUUUAUUUUGCUCUGUGAAUUUUUUUUUAUCUUCAUAUAUUAAAGAGGAGAAUAAAGGAAGCACAGAGGAGAUAAUGAAACCAUCAAGCAACAAAAUCAAAAUAAGUUAAAUCACUUUCGAAUUAUUUUUGCCUUCACAUUUCUGCUUACUUUUUAACGUUUAAUAAAAAGGCAUGCUAAUAUAUUUAUUGUACAAGAAUUUCGGUGAUUUUUGUUUUGUUAGAGUAGUUAAGGGUAAAUUAUUAAUGCUCCUUAUAAAACAUAAAAAAAGUGUGUUUGCUAUCAAUAUGGUGCAAAUUUUAAUUCCCUUUUAUUUGACUGAAAUCAUGAACUUAUACCUCAUUCUCUGUAACCCACUUAAUAUAUAGAGCUCACUGCCACUUGAGCUCUAUGGGAGAAAAAAAAUCAUUAAUUCAGCAAUAACUCACUGAAGAAAAUGUUCAAUCAGCUGGGCACAAAAUUCUUUUUAUAUUGCACCCUAUAAGUGUAUCACUACUUAACUUAAAUUUAAAAUUGACAUAAUGUUCAGAGCCUCACUGAAAAAGUAAGCAGUAAUGACUGGUAUAAAUAUUGACUUUUUAAAUUAUCCUGAAACAAAAAACCUGAAUUUUAAUAAAGGAACAUGUUUAUUUCUGGAAAAAAAAUAUUCUGAGAUUGCAACCUGUAUUUAUUUUUUUAUUCAAUGCCACAUUAUUGGUUAGCACUAUUCUUUUUAUUUUGCAUAGAGUAAAUCAAAGCUUUUUAAAAAAUUUCUUGCUUUCUAAAAUUGGACCUGAUGAUGAGUUUUUGAUGAUUGGCAGAUAGGGCAAGUGAAGGUUUGCUGCUUGUACUGAUACAGUACCUCAUCAUAAUUGCUGAAAUCAAUGUUCACGUUUGUAAAUAUGGAAGAUGUUACAAUAACAAAGGUCUCUGUCAAUUUAACUCUAAAUCUGUUUACACAUUUAAUUUAUAUUUGAAAGAGGGAUUUGUGUCUGCUCUUAUGAAAUGGUUUUGUUCAUUUCCUCUUCUGUUAAAUUUCUUGGGAGAUAUUGCUAAGCAAAGCAUAUGCUUCUGCUGAAAUAUUUGUGUUGAGAUCAUUUUUGUUUUAAUGUUAAGAACUUUUAGAACUGAAAUAAAGGACUUGAAAAAUUA